GAUUUCAAACUAGCCCCUCACCGUGGUUCAGAAUGGGGGGCAGCAAGCUGAGGAACCUCGUGCUACUGGAGAUGCAUCUGCUCUGGGUCAUGGCGCCGUCGGUGCACGGCCAGUCUGCUUCCGACCACAGGAACGUCAUUGACCUUCUGGCGGCUCUGAACACGUCCCACCGCGUCGGCGGCGUGACCCGGCUGCAGAGCCCCGACGGGGCCACGUACCGAUUCCGCCCCCGCGCGCCCUUCCUGACACUGCCCGCGGAGUCAACGCGCUCCCUGGGCGCCAGCCUCCGGGGCGCCAUGGGCGUGCACGUGGCGGGGCACCAGUCCUCGGGCUCCGGCGCCGCUCUCCUUUCCCUCUCCUCCGCGUCCUCGUGGAUGCUGCGAAUCGCCUCCUCCACCCUCGACGGCACCCUGCGCGUGGACUACCGGACCGGCGGCGGAGCCCCCGCCAGCGCUCGCUUCCCCGGGAGAAACCCCUUCUCCGGGGACGCGUGGGUCCAGCUGGCCGUGAGCCUGGAGCCGGACAGGCUGGUGUUCUUUGUAGACUGUCGAGAAGCCGUGGUCGUCCCUCUAGGAAGCGGAGAGAGGAUGGACCUGGCGCCGCCCAAAGGUGUGGUUGUCACUCUUGGCGGAACCCCGGGAGAGAAAGACAGCAAAUUUAACGGACAUUUGAAAGCAGCUUCCAUUUCCACGCACGCAUACCUCAAGCGCCCGUGGCUCUGCAGCAGCGUCACAGACCUUUUGCCUCCCUCUCAGCACGCGGACGCCCAGAACCCAGAUUCUCAGGCCGAAGGCGGUCGGAGGGUCCGGCCCGACGGCGUCCCCACGCAGCCUCACGCGGACCCGAGCGGCCGGUACCUCCGGGACUUCCAGGGCGACCAGCUGCAGAGAGGCUCCGUCCUGGGGCCUCCAGGACCUCCCCAAGGAGCGAAGCCCGUUUCUCAGGCUCAGAGCGACGACAGGCUGAAUGUCCUGGAGAAGAAGCUGGACGCGCUCGCUCGCAUGCUGGACAUGGUCAAAAGUCAGAAUGCAGACCUGCAGUCCCGCAUACAGCACCUGGAGGGUUGCGAGUGUGUGACACGGCGGUGCGUGUGGGAGGGGCGUGACGUGGACGACGGCCAGCGCUGGCGGGCGGACGUCGAGACUGUGUGCACGUGCGCGGCCGGAAAGGUUACGUGUCAAGCUGACAUCCAAGGCUGCGUCUUCUCCGGUGUCCGGUAUGAGCACGGGGCGGAGUGGAGGCCGGAGGACCCGUGCGACGUCUGCCGCUGCGUGGAGGGCCGUGUUCGCUGUGAGAGGGAGCCGUGUCACACGCCGUGCAAAAACCCAGCUGCCCCGCCGCCCGGAACCUGCUGCCCCGUUUGUCAGGGCUGUGGUGUGAACGGUCACGACUUUCCCAACGGAGCUGUGAUUCCCACCGGAGACCGCUGUUUGGAGUGCACGUGUGAGAGUGGAAGUGUGGCAUGUGUUCCCCUUCCCUGUCCCGCCUCGUCAUGUCAAAACCCCGUCCAUCGCGCCGGAGACUGUUGCCCACGGUGUGAGCAGUGCGAGUACGAGUCCGGCGUCUAUGCGGACGGACAGGAGUUCUCCUCCAGGAGGGACCCGUGCCUCCGCUGCCGCUGCUCGGUGCGUAACGGCCGGAGACCCCCCGUCGGUUCACGUCCCCCAGCUUUGAAUCACGCCUCCGUGUGUUUGCUGCAUCGCUUGCGCGUGUGUGUGCGUGCGUGUGCGUGCGUGUGUGUGCACGUGUGCGUGUGUGCGUUCCAGGGUGGGAACGUCGUCUGCCACACAGAGCGGUGCCCCCCCCUCCGUUGCUCCAACCCCGUCACGGACCCGCGCCUCUGCUGUCUGACCUGCAAAGCCUGCGUCGUGGACGGCGUGGAGUUCGCGGAAGGCGCCACCUGGCAGCCGGAGGGCCCGUGCUCCAACUGCUCCUGCGUGGACGGACGGGCGCUGUGUUCGGAGACGCGCUGCCCCCCCGCCGCGUGCCCGCACGCCGCCACGCCCGCCGGUUCCUGUUGCGCGGCGUGCGACGGCUGCACCUUCAACCGGCGCGUCUACAGCGACGGCCAGAGGUUUCUGGAGCCCGAGCAGCCGUGCCACAUCUGCCUCUGCCAUCACGGGUCUGUAACGUGUGAGCCAAGAGCAUGUCCUCCACUCAACUGCACCGACCCACACACACCCCCUGGAGAGUGCUGCCCCAAGUGCCCAGACUGCUUCUUUGAAAACCGCGUCUUUGUGGACGGCGAAGCGUUUCCCGGUCCGGUCGGAGCGUGCGAGGACUGCCGCUGCGCGAGCGGCCGGGUCGACUGCCGCCACGCGCAGUGUCCACGUCCUCACUGCAACUCCCCCCGACCCGGGACGUGCUGUCGGAACAACUGCAACGGCUGCAGCUAUGCUGGGAAGGAGUACCCCAAUGGGCAGGAGUUUCCUCACCCCACUGACACAUGCAGGACCUGCAGCUGCAUAAAUGGAAAUAUUCAGUGUCUGAUGAAGAGGUGUCCACCUCUGCCGUGCUCCAACCCAAACCUGACACCAGGAGAGUGCUGCCCACAGUGUCCUGCUCCUCCCGCGGACUGCGCGUACGAGCAGCGGGCCUACAGACACGCCGAGCGCUUCUACCACCCGUCCGACGCCUGCCGCCUGUGCGCGUGCGCCAACGGGACGGUCCGGUGCCGGCGCCGGCCCUGCCCCUUCGCCUCCUGCUCGCACCCCAUCACCCGGGAGUGCUGCCGCUCCUGCGAAGGCUGCUCGCACGGCGGCCGCGAACGCGCCGACGGCGAGACGUGGGGCGACCCGUCGGACCCGUGCGCCGAGUGCGCGUGCCGCGAGGGCUCCGUCCGCUGCUCGAAGGCGCGCUGCCCGCCCGCCGGCUGCCGCUACCCGGUGCGGGGGCGCUGCUGCGCGUCGUGCGACGGCUGCGCGUUCCGCGGCCGCGAGUACCCCGACGCCAGCGAGUUCCCCGACGACGGCGACCCGUGCGGCGUGUGCCACUGCCACGGCGGCGAGGUCAGCUGCAGCAGGAUGCCGUGCCACGGGGAAUGCAGCCAUCCCUACAAGCCCCGCGGACAGUGUUGCGGGGAAUGCGAACGCUGUUUCUAUAACGGCGCUGCGCUCGCCAACGGACACUCCUUCCCCGAUUCAGGGAACCCGUGCGCAGAAUGCACCUGCCAGAGCGGCUCAGUGCGGUGUGUGAGGAGGCCGUGUCCCGCCGCCGCGUGUCCGCACCCGGCGCUGGACGGCUGCGGGUGCGGCGUGUGCGACGGCUGCAGCUUCCACGGACGAGGCUGCUUCAGCGGAGAGCGGUUCCCGCACCCCGCGGACCGCUGUCAGCUCUGCUCCUGUCUGAGCGGGGCCGUGGUGUGCGCUCAUGCACCGUGCCCCAGCGUCGCCUGUGGGCGCCCGGUGACCCCCCCAGGACAGUGCUGCCCCGUGUGCACAGGCGUUUGCCUCCAUCAGGGGACCGAGUAUCAGUCCGGCUCCACCUUCACUCCGCCCGCCGACCCGUGUUCCUCGUGCACCUGUUUGAACGAGGCGGUGAGCUGCCAGAAGAGGCCGUGUGCGGUCCGGUGCUCCCACCCGCUCCCCUCGGAGACCUGCUGCCCCCCGUGCGACUCCUGCCUGUACGAGGGCGCCGUGCACGCUCACGGCCGCGCCUUCGCGCCCUCCGGCGACCCCUGCCAGCGCUGCACAUGCCUCAGAGGCUCCGUCACCUGCGUUCCACUCGUCUGCCCGCCGACACCGUGCGCUCGGCCCGUUACCAAGCCAGGACAGUGCUGCCCCGAGUGCACGGUGUGUAUGCUGGACGGACUCGAGUUCAGCGAUGGCCAGUCUUGGACCCUUGGUUCCAACCACUGCUCCACUUGCACCUGCCAGGCAGGCGAGGUGCUGUGUGCGUCCAGUCGGUGUCCCGGGCUGCCGUGCGUGCAUCAGGUGACCGAUCCCGGCGCCUGCUGUCCUCGCUGCAGAGGUUGUGUGUAUGAGGGGGAGGAGCGUGCAGAGGGCAGCAGCUGGUUCGCAGACGCCGUCCCCUGCAUGUCCUGCAUGUGUGUGGAUGGGGUGACUACCUGCUCGGAGGUUCGCUGCCUUUCUCCCUGCAUCAACUUCAUCAGCGUGCCAGGGGAGUGCUGCCCUGUGUGCGCCGACUGUGUGUUUGAGGGCAGAGUCUACGGCCCAGGUGACAGUUUCAACCCAGCCGGUGACCCCUGUCAGAUCUGCACGUGUGAGGUGAUGCCAGAUGGAGAACAGCACCUGAGGUGCUACCGUAAGCAGUGUCCCAGCCUGGUGGACUGUCCCAAAAGCAACAUGCUGUUCACAGGACCAGACUCCUGCUGUCCCGUCUGUGCCCAGCCUCUGAGCAACUGUACUGCUGCACUGAUUGGCAACGAGGUCCUGGCCACAGACGACCCCUGUUUCACCUGCCAGUGCAAGGACCUGACGUGGACCUGCCUACACCAAACGUGCCUGCCACUCACGUGCCCUGUAAACGAACAGUUCAUCCCUCCAGACUCGUGCUGUCCCGUGUGCAAAGCAGACUGCGUGAUUCAGGGUACAACCAGAGUGGACAACGGCAGCAUCUGGAAAGACGGCGAUGACGACUGCAUCACGUGCAGCUGUAACUCCGGCUACAUAGAAUGCAACAUUGAAGAGUGUCUUCCUUUGGAUUGUCCCACUGGUCAUAAAGGAGUCAAGGUUCCCGGGAAGUGCUGCUACGAAUGCCAAGCCUCAGGGGGCUCCUGUUCCCACCUGGGAACCGUCUAUCACAGUAAUGAGCAGUGGGAGGUGGACGAGUGCACCGAGUGUGUGUGCGUCAGUGGAGACGUGCACUGUCACAGUGAACGGUGCCCCCCCCUCACCUGCGCCACGGAUGAGAUGCCAGCCGUGGUCCCGGGCCUCUGCUGCCCUCAUUGCCUCCCUCGUCCCGCCACCUGCAUCGCCUUCGGGGAUCCUCAUUACCGCACCUUCGACGGGCGCAUGCUGCACUUCCAGGGAGCGUGCACGUACGUCCUGGCCCAGGACUGUGAGGGCGGAGAUUUCAGCAUUCAUGCGACUAACGAUGACCGCGGGCGUAGCGGCGUGUCCUGGACUAAAGAGGUGACUGUGUUCAUCGGCGACAUCACAGUGCAGCUCCUCCAGGACUGGGUUGUGAAGGUCAACGACGAAGCUGUGACGUUGCCGUUCCUCAGAGAGCCGUUCGUCUACGUCGAGCGUCAAACCAACACCAUCUUACUGAACACCAACAUCGGCCUGAAGGUGCUUUGGAGCGGCCGAUCCCACCUGGAGGUGAGCGUGCCAGGGUCCUACAGGAGUCGCACCUGUGGGCUCUGUGGGAACUUCAACAGCUUCCACCAGGACGACCUGAGAAUGCCCGGCGGAGGGCUCGCCCUGUCAGAGUCUGCCUUCGGCAACAGCUGGAGGGUCACAAACAGCAGCCGCUCCCCGUCCUCCUGUCGCCCCGGGGAGGACGUGGACCCCUGCGCGGACGCCGGCUACCAGGCCAAGAAGCAGGCCAACGCCCGCUGCGCGGUCCUGAAGUCCGGCGCCUUCCGGGCCUGUCACCGCGCGGUGCCUCCGGAGCCGUGGUACGGAGCCUGCGUCUACGACCUGUGCGCCUGCGGCGCCGACGGCGACGAGUGCCUGUGCGACGCACUGGAGGCCUACGCCGCCCGGUGCCGGGAGGCCGGCGUGGUGCUGCGCUGGAGGAGCCCGUCGCUGUGCGCCGUGGGCUGUCCGGCGGAGAGGGGCUUCGUGUUCGACGAGUGCGGCCCCCCGUGUCCCGUCACCUGCUUCAACGCGGACGCGCCGCUGGGUGUGAUGGAGAGCCACUGCUUCAAGCCCUGCGUGCCCGGCUGUCAGUGUCCCGCGGGCCUGGUUUUACACAACCACUACUGCGUGCAACGGGAAAAGUGCCCCAAGGUGACUCACGGAAACUCCUCGCAGUGCUCGAACUGCUCGCCUUGACGGGGACACUCGCUCCGCCGCUAACCGCUAACAAGACACUUUUAAAGUGGGAGCUCCAAAAUCUAAAGUGAAUUUCUUCAUAUAUUUAUACUCAGCAUUUCUAAUUUUACGUGUGAAACGUACACAUUUUAAACCUGUAUUAUUUACCAAGAGGCAUUUGUGGACUGUACAGGUUCAUUUCAGCACUGUUCGAUAUCUGAUUAUACAAGACACAUAAUCUCAGGUAUUUUUCUAUUUCCAUUUUAAUAAUAAACAAAAGAAAUUGCUAAUA